CCGUUGGGCGGGCCCUACGCUGCACAAGUUUAACAUUCACAUCGCAUACACAUACAUUCCUACGGCGUACGGCACACAGUGCACAGCGUACAUAGCGGAGGAUUUUGCCGGUCGUCGUCCUUACAUAUACUACUUAUCAUAUAGCUGCAUGGUAUCACAGGAACUGCAACCAAAUACCAAAGCCUACCAUACCAAGCAGGAAAAAGAAAGGAACCAAAAAUGAGCUUCGAUAAUCUUCGCCAAGAUUUCACCAUCCACGCAAUCCCUGAAAUCGACGACGACUUAGAAACCACAGCAAACAAGCUCAAAGACCUAGCCUCUGUAGUGCAAAGAGGCAACAGCCUCGCUCUCUGGACGGGUCUGAAGGCAGCAACCCCGCAGCCACGCAGUGAUGCGGUGACAAAUGCGCGAAUGCAAAUGACGCCUUCGGAGCGGCAAGCUUAUGAUGCGUGGAAGGAGGGGAAGUACCAAAUUCCAGAGUUUGAGUGGACGGGGAACGUGGCUGUUGUUCCGAAGGGAGCGCAGAGUUUGAAGAAGUUUGAGAAGAGGGCGAUUGCUAUGGAUAUUAUUUGGGGAUGGAGACCCUUAUCUCAACCUGAAAGGGAAGAUAAGGGAGAAGAAGGAGAGGGGUCAAGUGCAAGUGACAGUACCAGUAUGAACGCUAGAGCCACGCCAGAGAAUGCGUCGUGGUUGACGUUUAACAUGCCAGCCACGCUACCGCUGAUUCAAGCUGUCGUCCGGGUGUUGAACGCGGAGAAACAAGCGCAGCAGAAUCCCCACGCCGGGUUAUCGGAGAUGGAAAUUGUCGAGAUGGAAACGGCGCGCAAGAUUGUGGCGGCCGCCGAGAGGAACCGUUCCCGCGAGUUGGAACGCAUCCGUCUUUUGACUCGGUCGAUUACUCAGAAUACGGAGGUGAUGAAAGCUCGGAUACAGAGCCUGGAGAAACGGCUCCAGUCAUCAUCGUCACCAUCAAUGUCCGUAUCACCGUCACAGUCGACACUGGAAACCACGGCCCCUAGGGGGGAGAAGCGAAAACAGCUUGAAUCGGAUUGAUUUCGGUGCACUGUGCCGUAUACUUCGUACUCUAUACGGAUAUUGCCGGACUACCGAGAUAACUUUGGGCAUCUGAACACAUGAUUCAAAUUUAGGACAGGCCAUGGACUUGGUUUUGGCAUGAUGCAAGGAAUUUCCUCAAUAUCAAGAAUAUUGCCGGCAUUUUUAUCCAUUGACCCAUACCGGGAUUGGGGAUGUUUACGGCGGGUUC